ACAUCAUCAUGGGGAGUUAACGUUACGGGUGACAGUCGAACCGAUAUUAAUGUCCGUUUUUAUAUAUUGUGAAUCCUCGGUAUUCGGUGCACUACAGUCAUUUUUUUAAAGUGUUUUUGGAGCCAUGCGGCGGAGUAAGGCUGAAGUGGACCGUUACGUCUCCUCAGUACAGAGUUCCUCUCCCUCACUCAAAGAGAAGCCAGUCAAAGGGUUUUUAUUCGCUAAAUUGUACUUUGAAGCUAAGGAGUAUGAACUUGCAAAAAGACAUGUAUCGGAGUAUCUCAAAGUCCAGGAGAGGGAUCCGAAAGCACACAAAUUCCUUGGACAGCUCUACGAGAGAGAGGGAGACAUCAACAAAGCAGUAGGAUGUUACAAGCGUUCAGUCGACUUGAACCCAGCCCAGAGGGACCUGGUGCUGAAGGUGGCUGAGUUACUGGUCAGUAAGCAGGAAUGUGACAGCAGAGCAGAAUUUUGGGUGGAGAAAGCUGCCAAGCUGCUACCUGGAAACCCUGCAGUCUUCAACCUGAAGGAGCGUUUGUUGAGUCGUCAGGGUCAGCCCGGUUGGAACCGGUUGUUUGACCUCCUCCAGGCUGAGCUGGCAGCGAGGCCAGCUGACGCCCACGUGAACGUGAAGCUGGUUCAGCUGUUUUGUCAGGAUGGACGCCUGGAUGAAGCUGUCAAGCAUUGCCUGGCUGCUGAGAAAAGGGGCAUGCUGAGCCAAAGCCUGGACUGGUACACAGUGGUGGUGCGCACACUGCAGGAGUAUCUGGCUCAGCCCAGCAUCUCCAGUAAUGAGAAGAUGUGUCGGCGUCUCCAGAGAGAGCUGCUAUUGGCCCACUGCAGCCUGCUGAGAAUCACACUGUCUGAGAGUGCCAUGCAGCCCAGCCUCGAUGCGCUCACAAGUUUUGACCAAGCUAUGCAGACAAUUAGCAGCAUCGCUGGCCGCCACACAGACGAGCUUUGUGAGGUGUUUGUGGAGAUGAGAGGUCACCUCUACUUGCAUGCUGCCACACUGCUGCUGAAGCUGGCUCAGGAUCGCCAGCAGACCUGGAGAGCUGUCAUUGACCUGGCUGCACUGUGCUACCUGCUGGCAUACCAGGUCCCGAGACCAAAGCCAAUAGUGACCAAAAGAGACCAGGCAGCACCACAGCUUCUGGAGCUGUUGGCCAACGACCGCCAGAGUCAAGCCGGUCACAUGUUGCUGAAUCUGAGCACUGAUUCCUCCACCUUGAUCAGAGAGGUGGUGGAAGCAUUUGGAAACCCAAGUGGUCAGGACUCUCUAUUUGAACUCCUGUUUGGACCACAGGCCUCCUCUGGAUCUUCCUUUAUUGCCAAUGAUGACAUUCGUUCCAUUAACACCAUGGCUCCAGAGCUGUCUCAACUCGCCAAAUGUGAUGCUGGCGCCAUCCUGCUGCAUGCAGGUGACUUGCAACAUCUAAGCUGGUUGGGGCUACAGUGGACCCUUCUGGACCAGAGACCAGGGCUGCGGGACUGGCUACAGCAGCUUUUUCCCCGGCUCACUCUAGAAACCUCCAAACUGGACACCAACGCACCGGAGUCCAUCUGCCUGCUCGACCUGGAGGUCUUUUUAUACGGUGUGGUGUUCUGUAGCCACUGUCAGCUCCAGGAGACAGCAAAGAUCAGCAGCGGCAUGAACCAGCAGCAACAGCAGCAGCUCUACGAGCCUCGCUGCCUCCCCCUUCCCCUGCUUCGCCUCUUGACCACUGACAGACAGAGGGAGUGGUGGGAUGCCAUCUAUAGCCUCAUUCACAAGCGAGCAGCUCCUGGCAUGUCAGGCAAACUGCGGAUGAUCGUGCAACAUGGACUAAGCACUCUGAGGGCUGGAGAGAAACAUGGGCUCCAACCAGCGCUGGCCAUCCACUGGGCGCAAUGUCUCAGUCAGACGGGAGAUGGAAUAAACUCAUACUACGACCAGAAGGAGUACAUCGGUCGCAGUGUCCACUACUGGAAAGUUGUACUUCCACUUUUGGAACGGAUCAAAAACAGACGCAGUAUACCAGAACCACUUGACCCCCUCUUCAUACACUUUCCCUCCAAAGACAUUCAGAUUUCUUCUGUAAAGGGCUAUGAAGAGGAAGCCAAGAUAGCAUAUGCAGCUCUCCUUGACAUUGAAGGCAAAACAGAGGAGGCCAUAGCUACCUUGGAAACCAUUAAUAACAUGUCAUCCAUCUGGCAUUUGGCACAGAUCUACCAGCGGCUGUCAGAGGAGGCCAGCAACGGGGUUGAGGAGACCCAAGACAGGUGCAUCACAUUUCUUAGAAAGUUUAGGACCUAUCUGACCAAGAUCUACAAUGCUAAUGCAGAUGACAUUGAGAGGCUUCCUGUCUCCAUGGAGGAAGUCUUGGAUCUCCUGAAUGACGUGAACCAGCAGCUCGGCGAGAGCGGGGAGGCUAUGGAUGAAGAGGAGGAGAAGGAGGAGGAGGGUCAGAGAGGACCAGCCCACUCCAGCCCUGCUCAUCCCACAGAAACCUCUGCCACCAUUUCCCACAUAAAGUUUUCUACUCCCUCUCCUAACAAAAGCCUCGUCUCUCCUUCCAAAAGACACCUGAUUUCUCCCAAGACGCCACCUCAUUGGGUGGAGGACCAGAAAUGUCUCCUCCAGAUGCUGUGUCAGCAAGUCGAAGCCCUCAAGAAUGAGGUUCAUGAUCUGAGACACAACUCUUCAGGGAACGCAGGCUCCCCUCAUCACAAGAUGUACGGGGAGAGCUACGGGGCCGAGGGCCUUCAGGAGCCCUUUACCCCAGUCCAGUCCUACCAUGGGGCUCCAUUAACAGUUGCCACUACAGCCCCCUCUAUGUAUUACAACCAGUCUCCUGCUUAUAACUCUCAGUAUCUCCUGCGCACAGCAGCUAAUGUAACCCCCACUAAGGGCCCAAUGUAUGGUAUGAACCGUAUGCCACCUCAGCAGCAUAUGUAUGCCUACCAGCAGCCCACUCAUACCCCUCCGUUGCAGACGGCCCCAGCCUGCAUUUACCCUCCUCAAGAACAGGUCUUUGGUGCCCCUCUGCGGUUUGAGUCACAGGCCACAAGCCUUCUUUCCCCCUAUAGUGAAGAAUAUUAUGGGCAGAGUGUAACCCAACAGACCACUAACCCUUCGCUGCCUGAACCUGGCUACUUCACUAAGCCAUCUGUAGUCCCUGUUCAGCCACCAAAGAGCAUUGAGGGGAAGCCCAUGGACUUUGGGAAGCUCUCUUUCAGCCAGCAGGCACCUGCUGAAGUCCCCAAAGUACCGAGUUUUGGAGCAGGGGCAGUUGCCCAGUCAACGCCUUCAGCUGCUUUUAAGUUCAACUCCAACUUUAAAUCCAACGAUGGAGACUUCACUUUCUCAGCAUCUCAGGCUAAGCACAGUGAAAGUCUGCUUGGCCUUCUCACAUCAGACAUUCCCACUAAAACAGAAACUGUCCCAGAGAAGCCUCCAGCCCAGGAGCAGCCCCCCAGUCAAACAGGCAUCUUCACCUUUGGUAAUAAAAAUGUUACUGGCUUCUCCUUUCCUGAUUCUGCUCAGAGCACAGGCACUGGAAGUCUUUUUGGAAAUAUGGAGCAGCCAUUUAAAUUUGGGGAUGUUAAUCAGCCAGUGUUUCCGGUUGCCACGUCUGUAGCAGAAGAGGAAAGAGCGGCAGAGAGCGACAAUGACAGCACUCAUGUUGAGGAGGAUGAAGACGGUCCUCACUUUGAACCCAUCGUACCGCUUCCUGAUAAAAUAGAUGUGAAAACAGGUGAGGAGGAGGAAGAGGAAAUGUUUUGCAACAGGGCAAAGCUGUAUCGAUUUGACACAGACACAAAAGAGUGGAAGGAGCGAGGCAUUGGCAAUGUUAAAAUCCUAAAACACACCAGUAAAGGAAAGGUCCGCCUCUUAAUGAGAAGGGAACAGGUCCUUAAAAUCUGUGCAAACCACUACAUCAAUGCCGAUAUGCUACUGAAACCAAAUGCUGGUUCUGACAAAUCCUGGGUCUGGAAUGCCAUUGAUUAUGCAGAUGAGGAGCCUAAACCCGAACAGCUGGCCAUCCGCUUCAAAACAGUAGAUGAGGCAGCACUUUUCAAAGCUAAGUUUGAGGAAGCUCAGAAAAUUGUGCUCAAAUCAGCAGAAAAGCCCAAUCAACCAGAGAAGAAAGAGGAAAGCAUGAAAGAUUCUGAAUCACUGGCAGCCCAGUUUGCACUUAAAGAUGGAGAAUGGGAGUGCACUGUGUGCUGUGUAAGGAAUAAGCCCACGGAUGUGCAGUGUGUCGCUUGUCAAAGCACAAAUCCCAAUUCCUCAACCAAACCAGACAUUCAGGGUGUAGGUGAACCCAAACCCAGCCCCUUUACUUUUAAAUUUGGCACUGAUUCAUCAAAACCCAGCAGUUCUGGCCCUACAUUUACUGGAUUUGGUGCUUUUGGAGCAUCUAUACCCUCCUCAUUUAAAUUUGGCACCAGUACCUCAAAACCUGCUGAUACAGUAACCAGUGGGUUUGGUGCUGGGUUUGGUGCUGGCUUUGGGGCCCAAUUUGGCACCAGUACCUCAAAACCUGCUGAUACAGCAACCAGUGCGUUUGGUUCUGGCUUUGGGGCCCAAUUUGGCACUAGCGCCUCAAAACCUGCUGACACAGCAACCAGUGCAUUUGGUGCUGGCUUUGGGGCUCAGUUUGGCAAGAAGCAAGAACAGUGGGACUGUGAUGUAUGCCAGGUAAAAAAUGAGGCCUCUGCAGACAGCUGUGUUGCUUGUAAAGGUCUUAAAGCCUCACUUAAAGCAGCUGCAACAGAACAAACAGCACCAGCUGCAGAUGCACCCUCUAUAUCUGCUGUUGACUCUGGGUUCGGUGCCCAGUUUAGCAAGAAACCCGGGCAAUGGGACUGUGAUGUAUGUGAAGUAAGAAAUGAAGCCUCCUCUGACAGUUGUGUUGCCUGUAAAACCCCCAACCCUUCUUCUAAAUCAACAAAGGGCGCUCCAGUAGCAUCAAAUCUACUAGCAGUGUCAGGAUUUGGGGCUGAAAAAAAGGAUGGACUUUGGGACUGCAAUACCUGCCUGGUCAGAAAUGAUGCAUCAGAUGCUGAAUGUGUUUCCUGCCGUUCUCCAAAUCCGACUCCCUCUUUGGAAGCCAUGUUUGCCAAGAAGGAUGGGGAAUGGGACUGUGACACUUGUCUUGUGAGAAACAGUGCCACUGCCAAUAAGUGUGUGGCCUGUCAGACACCAAAUCCCAAUGCUAAAAGCACAACCAGCACUGCUCCUUCGGCCUCCUCGUUCAGCUUUACAUUUGGAAGCAAAACCUCAUCAAGCCAGCCAGCUGGAACUGGAUUUACGAUGCCUUUUGAAACUGGCAGCACUUUUCAGUUUGGUCAAAACAAAGACAAAGGCUCUGCUGCUUCUUUUAAGUUUGAAGCUCCUCAGUCUGGGUCUAGUACGACUAGUUCUUCAGGCUUCUCUUUUUCAAUGCCCAUUCCAUCUGGUGGCUUCAAGUUUGGCAUUCAGGACACCCCAAAAGAAAUUCCCUUAACUGAUAGCCAAACACCUCCAUCAGGGUCAGCCUCCAGUUUUCUGAAAAGCAUAGCGGACAAGCACAAGGAGAAAGAAAAUGUGUCUACACUCUUAGUGGGGCAAACAGAGCAAGAGCAGAAUCCAUUAAUUGCUGGAAAAGCCAGUACGUUCAGCUUUGCAGACUUGGCAAAGUCCACUGGGGGAGACUUCCAGUUCGGCCAGAAUGACCCAGAUUUCAAAGGGUUCUCUCGGGCUGGUGAGCAGGUAUUCUCAACCCCCACCAAGACAGAUGCUGCAAAUGAGCCUGAUGAUGAUGACAUGUAUAAAACAGAGGAAAAUGACGAUAUCCAGUUUGAACCAGUAGUCCAGAUGCCUGACAAGGUGGACCUGGUGACGGGGGAGGAGGAUGAACAGGUUCUUUAUUCUCAGCGUGUCAAGCUGUUCAGAUUUGACUUGGACACUAGUCAGUGGAAAGAGCGUGGUGUAGGAGUCCUUAAAUUCCUGAAAAACAGCACUAAUGGCAGGCUAAGGGUACUGAUGAGAAGAGAGCAAGUUCUGAAGGUGUGUGCCAACCACUGGAUCACCACCACCAUGAAUCUAAAGCCUCUGGCAGGCUCAGACAAAGCUUGGAUGUGGAUGGCCAAUGACUUCUCUGACGGAGAUGCUAAACUUGAACAGUUGGCUGCCAAGUUCAAGACCCCAGAGCUUGCUGAGGAGUUUAAGGAGAAGUUUGAAGAGUGUCAGAGACUUCUCUUGGACAUCCCCCUACAAACCCCCCACAAGCUUGUCGAUUCGGGCAGAACAGCACGCCUCAUUCAGAAAGCAGAGGAAAUGAAGUCUGGUUUGAAAGACCUGAAAUCCUUCUUGACAGACGAGAAAACAAAGAUCAAAGAUGACGACAGCCAAGCAGACAUUACAACAUCCAGCAAUGUUUCGAACCUUGUAAUCAAGCCUCAGGGUGAAACCACCGGCCCCACCUUGGAAUGGGAUAACUACGACCUGAGAGAAGAGGCUUUAGAUGAUACUGCCACCUCAUCAGUCUAUGCCUCUCCUAUGGCCAGCAGCCCCCUCAGAAAGAACCUUUUCCGCUUUGGGGAAUCCACCAGUGGAUUUAGCUUCAGCUUCCAGCCUGGCAUCAGCCCCUCCAAGUCUCCUGCUAAGCUUAACCAGAGCAGAGCCUCAGUGGGUACUGAUGACGAGCAGGAUGUAACCCAGGAUGAGGAGAGGGACGGCCAGUACUUUGAACCUGUGGUCCCCUUGCCUGAUCUGGUGGAGGUUUCUACAGGAGAGGAGAAUGAACAGGUGGUCUUCAGUCACAGGGCCAAACUGUAUCGCUACGAUAAAGAACUGGCUCAGUGGAAGGAAAGGGGUAUUGGGGACCUCAAGAUCUUGCAGAAUUAUGAAAACAAACGAGUGAGGCUGAUUAUGAGGCGAGACCAGGUACUUAAGAUCUGUGCCAACCACAGGAUCACAGCAGCCACAAAGCUGGAGCCUAUGAAGGGCGCAGAGAAGGCCUGGGUCUGGAGUGCUUUGGACUUUUCUGAAUCAAUAGAGGGUAACAUUGAGCAGUUAGCUGUGAGAUUCAAGCUGCAGGAAACUGCAAAUACAUUUAAACAGGUAUUCGAGGAGGCCAAGGCUGCUCAAGAAAAAGAGGAACUCAUGACUCCAGUGACAUCCAGGGUUGCCACACCUAAAGACAGUGGGCCUGCAGCAUCUGCACAACCUGUUACACCUGUGUGCGGCAAGGCAGCCAUUGCUGUUUUGGAAGAGACCACAAAGGAACGUACAGAGCUUCCCCCUGAAAGCAAGCCAUCUGCAGCUGGGUCUUCAAGUCCAGUCAACCCCUCAAAGACUGUGGUGUCACCCCCUAAGUUUGUCUUUGGUACUCAGAGCCUUCAGAAGUUUUUUGGCUCUCCUAAAUUUCACUCUGAGGCUGAGGAAUCAGCAUCCAGUUUGAAAGCCAAAGACUGUGGACUUCCCACCAAGGCUUCACCUGCAGCACCUGCAUUCAAAAUCCCAGAAAAAGGGCUGGAUUUUAGGCUUUUCAAAGAUAACCCAAUGGCUUUUUGGACCAGCACAUCAACCACCCAAUUUGAACCCCCAGGGACGUCUCAGGCAGAAGGAGGCAGCGCAGGGUCAGAAGAGGACUACGAGGUGGAGAUUUUAUAUGUCAGGGAACCCACUGCUGAACAGGCAGCUUUAGCCAGGAAACUCCUGCUGCCUCUCACCUUCUUCUGCUAUCAGAAUGAGCCAGGCUACACCAGUGACGAUGAAUCUAAUGAUGAGGAUUUUGAGUCGGCUGUAAAAGCCUUGAAUGGGAAGCUUUACCCUGAUCCUCCCAAGAAAAAGGCUGCAGCAUGUGGUGAUGAGUCAGACUGCCAGGUGGUGUGGGAGAAGAAGCCGACACCAGAAGAGGAGGAGAAGGCCAAAAGCCUCCAGCUUCCACCCACCUUCUUCUGCGGCCUGAGCACCACAGACAGCGACCUGGACCAGGACAAGCCUGAAGACUUUGAGACUGAGGUCUACAAGGCACGGCGAGACCUGGGUGCCCAGUUAAACCAAGCUGAAAAAGCAUCCAGCGGCCCUGCUGUAGCCCCAGAACAGACAUCUGGCACGUCAUCCAGCAGCACAGAAGCUGCAGGCAGCACAUCUGCAGUGGAGGAGCAGACCUCAGACCAGCCAACAGAGACUCAGAGUGAAGCUCCCAGCAACAGCACAGACGCUGCAAGCAGCUCUACUACAGCCGAUGAGCAGACCUCAGACCAGCCAACGGAUACUCAGAGUGAAGCUCCCAGCAGCAGCUCUCCCAUUGACCUGUCAACUAAGAAGAGCCCAGAGCCAGAGUCCAACACUGCAACUGCAGCUGCAACAUUUACUGCUACAACAGCCAGUCAAGACUCCUCCAGCUUUGGCUUCAACUCAUUUGGAGGCUUCUCUUUUGCUGAUUUGGCACAAAACACAGAUUCAUUUGCAUUUGGAACUCAAGACUCCAACUUCUCGUGGGCAAAUGCUGGAGCGACGGUAUUUGGGACUGCAGCGACCUCUGCGUCCAAACACAAUGGUGAUGAGGAUGGCAGUGAUGAAGAGGACCCUGCUAAUAAUGUGGACAUUCACUUUGAGCCAAUUGUGUCACUACCAGAGGUGGAGACAAAGUCUGGAGAGGAGGAUGAGGAAAUCCUGUUCAAGGAGCGCGCCAAGCUGUACCGAUGGGACCGGGACAUCAGCCAGUGGAAGGAGCGUGGCAUCGGUGACCUGAAGAUCCUCUUCCACCCAGCCAAACAUUUCUACAGAAUCCUGAUGAGAAGAGAGCAGGUCCUGAGGGUUUGUGCCAACCACACAAUCACGCAGUCGAUGGAGCUCAAACCCAUGAACGCCUCCGCUAACGCACUGCUGUGGACUGCCACUGACUACUCAGACGGCGAUGGUGUAGUGGAGCAGCUGGCGGCCAAAUUCAAAACCCCUGAAAUAGCCGAAUCCUUUAAGAAGACCUUCUGUGAGUGUCAGAGCCGCACAGGCCAAUCUGAAGGAGACACCUCAAGUGUCUUGUCACCACAAAUGUCCAGAGUUCAAGAGCACUCCAGGGACACAAACCCCCAGGUGUACCUCAAAGUGGCAGGCGACGGAGAACCACUGGGCACUAUCACCGUCGAGCUUUUCUCUCAUAUUGUCCCUAAGACAGCGGAGAACUUCAGGGCUCUCUGCACCGGCGAGAAAGGCUUUGGACUUCGGGACUCAAUCUUCCACAGAGUCAUACCGGACUUCAUGUGUCAGGGCGGUGACAUCACCAAAAGUGAUGGCACAGGAGGAAAGUCCAUCUAUGGCAGCAAGUUUGAGGACGAGAACUUCGAUGUGCGGCACACGGGCCCAGGCAUUCUGUCAAUGGCCAAUCGCGGGCACACCAACAACUCACAAUUCUUCAUCACCCUGAAGAAAGCUGAACACCUGGACUUCAAACACGUGGCUUUCGGCUGGGUUCGGGAUGGCAUGGACGUGGUGUGCCAGAUGGGAGCGCUUGGCACAAAGGGAGGUACCCCCGCAAAGAAGCUGGUCAUCACAGACUGUGGACAGCUGUAGCUUUUUAAAUGUCAACAUUCACAGCAUGGUUUAAGCUGUGAAGUUGAGGUCAAAAAAGACUCUGGAUAAUGAUGUGUUCCCUCCUGCUAAAACUGAAUCCAUAGUCAUUAGGCAUCUGAGAAUUAAACACUGAUCACAGGGCUUCUGGUCACGACCCUUUAUCAGAGAAAUUCGCUCCAGUAGCCUGGACUUAGAAAUUAUUUUGCUAUCGUUUGACAUAAUCACAGUUGGGAAACACGGUGUGGUAUGUGGGUGGAGCAAAACUGGUAUAUUUUUGCUCUGUUGCACUUGCAUCUUCAUCAUCGUCUGUCAAUAAAUUCCCAUUUGUUUAUUUUAUGUGUAUAAUUGUACAUGGACACUUUUUUAAUGUCUGUUUUUGUUGUUUUUGUCUUGCAUGUGCUCAAUUUGAAUGUGCUGGUCCUCUUUAUAGGCUCCACUCGGGAAUUUUUUUUCCUUUUUGACUAAGUCUUAACUAUAAUUGAAAGGUGAGGUUGUUCUUUGAAAGCACCUGUUGGUUUGUAACCGUUUCCUUGCCUUCUUUCCAAACGCGGCCUCUGUGUA